AUGUUCAAGCUCGUGGGCACGAACCCUGCCGUGACGCUCUACCGUCACAUCACCAAGCAGGUCCCGCGCGUCCUGACGCUCUAUGACAUCAACAUGGAGCCGCGGGAAGCGCGCCUGGCGGUCCAGGCCUUCUUCCGCAAGAACGCCGAGAUCAAGGACCCGCGCGUGAUCGACAUGCUCAUUAGCAAGGCCAACAUGGAGCUCGAGGAGACGCUGAUGCAGUGGAAACAAAAGUCGCACUUGCUCACGCUCCUCGACAGCGGCGUCAAGCUUCAGAACGAGAAGAACGUGGUGUACGACGACUUUGAGGAAGGCCUCGACAACUUCUUUGCUGGCAUCGACACCAACCACGACGAAAAGUAA